AAUAGAUAAAUUAAAAAAAAAAAUAUUGGUGAAAAAAUUUGUAACGCAAAUGAUGACAUAGAAAUCAUAGUCUAUACACACCUCUCAUAGACGUCGAUUCACACUUCCCUCGUUUUUGUUCCACAACAGCGUUCCAAUUCUACACCUCAUUUUCUUAUCACUGAGACCACAAAACUUAAAAUCUCAUAAACUUUGUCCUUAAUCAAAUCUAUAUUUCUUUGUGAAUGGAGAGAGAUAUGGUACCUUGGUUGGAACCCCAAAUCGAAGAAGAAGAAGAAACAACCGAAGCAAAAUGGAGCACAAGAAGUAAUGGCAAUAAUAAUGGUGAUGAACAUCUGACUUCGUUGAAUUCAAUUUUGGAAGCUGAGUGGUACAUGAACAACAUCCCACCUCAUAGUGUAGAACUUGUCCCAAAUCUUCAAAGCCAACAACAAAUUACCAUUCCUUCUCAUUCAGAUCCAAUGAGAAUAAGUUCCUCCUCCUUCUUGCCCAAUGAGAAUAUGAACAAUCCUUUUGGCAAUGUAUUUGAUUUUGAAUCCAAAGGGGAUUUUGUUGCUCCAUUAAUUCAAGGGAACCAAAUGGACGUCUCAGCCCAAACUAGCCCCUUACCUGACUUCCCAACGCCCACUGUAGUUGGGUUUGGUCCAACCGGUUUAGAUAGGUUGCAACCACUGCCAAUUUCGCGAUUCACCUCCACAUGGUUGAAGGAGUUUGAUAAAAGUACACAAAAAGGGGAAGAAGUCAAUUAUGACUCUAAUUGGAAUAAUAUUGGAGCCAACCAUUUUAAUGCAAAUAAUAAUAGUAAUAAUAUCAAUAACAAUGAUAAUGAUAAUAAUAUUGGAGGCAUUGAAGACUUAAAGGGGAAGAAGAAAGAAAUUCCGGCAAAGAGUUUAAUGGCUGAGAGGCGGCGAAGGAAGAAACUGAGUGAUAGAUUGUACAUGCUUCGCUCUAUUGUGCCCAAGAUUACCAAGAUGGAUAGAGCUUCAAUACUUGGCGAUGCAAUUGAUUACAUGAAAGAGUUACUACAAAGGAUUAAUGAUCUUCAUAGUGAGCUAGAAUCUAGCUCUCUUGGAUCAACUUUCCCACCUUCUACAACCUUUCACACUAUGAUACCCACCACCUCAACCCUUCCUUCUAUGGUGAAGGAAGAACGAUGUCCUAGCAAUGUGUCAAUCCCUAACAACCAAUCACCAAAGAUAGAGGUUAGAGUAAGGGAAGGGAAAAGUUUCAGCAUCCAUAUGUAUUGCCCCCAAAGACCAGGUGUUUUGCUUUCUACCAUGAGGGCACUGGAUAGCCUUGGAUUGGAGGUUCAACAAGCUGUUAUUAACUCUUUCAAUGGUUUUACUUUAGAUGUGUUCAAAGCUGAGCAAUGCAAAGAAGGUCAUGAUGUGCUCCCCGAGCAAAUUAAAGCUGUAUUGUUGGAUACAUUGAGUUUCCAUGGCAUGAUGUGAGUGAAAUUAUGGACAGUGCUAUCUUUACAAAGACGAUAAUUAUAAUUGUUGUAGCAUGCAGUUGGUAGAUGCUAUUGCUUCUUUU